GACUUCUUGUUAUUUUACAGGUUUAUGAUGGAACUCACAUCUUUGCCUAAAUUCCUUUGGACAAGUGACAACAAACUUCUGCAUCACCAUUUUCCGGAUAUACUGGCUACUGUUCACACCGCACAAGACAUUCCCGAAGAAGCUGUUUUUGGCCCAUGCAUGCUGCAGAACACCCUGCUGGACACUGUAGCUUUUAUUGCCCUCAAGUGUUCUGACAGACGGACCAUCCACUACGUGUUUAAGGUAGAUGUCACAUCCAUGCACAGUCCUACAGGAAUGCCUUGGAUGAGGCUCGUACAAGCAGCUGCCAAUAGCAAGGAGCAGAACUUGGAAGCUUACUUAGAAAACAGUCAGUUAUAUUAUCGCUCUACCAGGAAAAUCAACAAAAAUGAGGAGCUGCUUGUCUGGUACGAUGAAGAGCUUUCCAGCCUCUUGGGUUUCAAUGAGAUAAAAGCUCAGAGUCCCCCGACUGAGCUGAGAUGCCAAGAAUGCAACCGCGUCUUUAAAAGUGAGCAUUCCUAUCUGUCCCACGUUCGCUUCCUGUGCACCCCAGAGAAGAGUGCCCUGCUAUGGAGGAACUUCCAGGCUGAAAAAGGCACCUUAGAGGAGCAGACCACAAAUUUCCACAGCCUGGCAAAGGAUCUAGAGGACAAAAUGACAGCUCACAAAGAUGAUGCCCAUGGUCUCACUGGAGAAAAGAGAGCAAAAUCAGAAGAGGCUGAGAACAACAGGAGCAGGAAAACAGUGUUGUUGGAGAAAACGAAUAAUCUGAGUGAGGAACAUAACUGUGGGGGCAAGGAAGAGGCUAGGGGAGAGCAUGCACCAGCUGGUUCUUUCUGGAAGUCGAGUUCAGGGAGGCAGUCAGCUAGGAAGGAGGCUUUCGAGCAGAAGCAGAGCGCUUUCACUGAAGUCAGGAGGAUGAAGGAGAAACUGAGGAAUGAGAGACCCAAAGAAUCAGACCAGGAGGAUGGCACAGUCCCCACUGGUAAGGAGCAGGUAUCUAAGGAAGCAUUACUGAACUCCUCUGGUAGUGCAUUCUCCUUUGUGUGGCCCACCAGAGGCCGAGGAGAGCAGAAGAGUGCUUUCAGCAAGCCCAGUAAAUGUCUAGCAGAAAGAGCGGCAAUAAAUUCUUCUCAUCCCAUGAGUGAGUCACCAAAGAGCCUGGGGGAGCUGUCUGGCUUCAUCGCCACCACAGACAUCAUGUGCUGCAGCACUCUUCUCAAUUCCAAGUUCUUUGUCAGUGAUUUGUGUAAUGCUCAGAUGCUGCAGACUAGCAUCAUUCGGGGCAAUGUUUUCCCAUAUACCUCAGAACCGUGGCCCAAACAAGCAGGACAGUUACAGAACACGACGACUACUUCUUCCUCCUCCUCCACCUCUUCCUCCUUGACUCUUCUUCCCCCCACCUUCACGUCCUUUGGAGUGGCUGCCCAGAACUGGUGUGCCAAAUGCAACCUGUCCUUUCGCAUGACUUCCGAUUUAGUUUUCCACAUGCGGUCACAUCACAAAAAAGAAUACUCCUCAACCGAAUCCCAGAGCAAGAGGAGACGGGAGGAGAAGCUCACGUGUCCCAUUUGUCAUGAGUACUUCCGAGAACGCCAUCAUUUAUCCCGGCACAUGACCUCUCACAAUUAGAGUUGUGCAGAUGGAUCUCACCAAGGGACUGGGCAGGCUGGGUAAAGAAGAGGGACAUCAUUCACUUGUAUCCAUUUCUUUUUUGUGUUUACAUUCAUUUCUCACAGAAAAUCACUGUUUACAGUAAUUUAUAAUAGAUGCUUUGCAAAAAAUAUAAAAUGUUUACAAAAGUCUGAGUGGGUUGUAAAUUUUGGAAACUCAGCCUGGCCCUUGUCAAUCUAUUUUUGAGGAAAUAAAAUAGUGAAAUGAAUGCACAUGCAGUAUUAAUUUGCAAACAAAGUUUGGGGACAAAGGUAUCAUUUUGCAGAUAAAGUUUGCUUUGCACAUAUUUGAUUUGCUGGUGUCUGCAGUACAAUGUAAAUACAGAGGUAGCAACCUCUUCACUGAAUGUGGAGUCUUUAAAUCUACAUGCUUGUAUGCUAAAAGAAAAGAAGUUACCAUUUUUAUCAGCAUUGGUGGCCUCUUACUCCUUUGUCCUAGCUGAAUCAGCUCUCCUACCAGGUUUGUGAGUCUGAAGAAAAGACUUGCAUCUCCCUGUUUCCUGGGCUUUGGAAGGCACUACUUAAAAUUAGUGAAAUUAGUGAAAUUAGUGAUCAUCAACAACUGACCAACACACAGCCAAAGGGGAUGUGACUUAGAAGUCUGAGCUCUGCUCAGAAGUCUGAGUCUGAGUUCUAGGCUCUGCCACUUUUGAAAUAACUUAUACAAAAUCAAAUCAGUCUGCAUCUGCAUCAAAAUGUGAGCUGUAGUCAAAUAAUCAUUUAAGGAAGGGAGCACAGACUCUUCCCAGAGGUGGGCUUGCAAGAUCUAUGUGACUUUGGUAAGCAUGCAGGUCUGAUAGGGGGAGGGUUUCACUUAUGGAUUUCAGUUUAUGUAUAUACUAAGGAAGACAGCUGGGGUGUCUAAGUUACUGCUAGCUACUGCUAGAUAGAACCUGCAUUCUGCAUUCUGGCUGGUAGGCUCUGUUCUGCUGACAGCUAGAAGAGGAAUGUCCUUCACAAAAUGACACAGAUGCUCAUGAAUUGCACUGGAUGAGACCAUUUCUCUCAUCUGGUUUCUACAUUGGCUAAUUCCAGAUGUUUUACAGAAGAUGCCAAAGUCUUUCUGUAGCCAGUCCAUAUGAGACAUUUUUCUGUUGCCUCCUUUGGUUUGUGCUCUGCUUAGUCUCAGAUGCAGAUGAGUUUAUAUUACUCGGGGGGGAAGAAAGAAAGCAGCAGCCCCGCCUGUUGUUACUGCAGCUCAUCUAAUUAGCCUUUCAUUACCUCUUAAAUCCACUUAGGGACUUACUUUUGAUAGUUUAUGACAACAUGUUCUUCAAGUCAGUCUUUGUCUCUCUUGUACGUUUUUUUUUUAAAGGUUGUCUCCUGGUUUUGUGGCCUGUCUCUGUGCCUCGUCUGCUAUUAUUCCCUUUCAGAUAAUGAUCAGAAAGUGUUGAUCUCACAGCUAGGAGUACCCCCGGGAUUUGUAUAGGAAGUUUUCCUUGAGUUCUCAUGAUGAUGCCUAGGUUGAUAAUGCAAGUAUCAGACAACAAAACAUCUGAGGGACAAAAGACGGCCCUAAAGUCUUAGGCUGUCAGUUGAGUUCAACAUAUUACCUUCACUGUCCCCUCCUGGGAGAUUUCUAUGAGUCAGGAAACUGUAUUCUUCCCAGUAUACUGCUGUUCAACGUUAAUAUGUGGCUGUUCCCUAUUAGCAUAAACAUUUGAAGUAUUGUAGGCCAACCACUAGCUGUGCACUCCAGCUUUGUUUCCCAACAUAAAGUGAUACAAUCUUUACUUUAUGCCCUUGAAUUCAGAAGACAUAAAUUGAGACUGCAGGUCUGGUUGGAUUGUAAUACAGCUUUCCAUGUCAGUGGUGGAAGCUCUUUCACCAGAGUCAUUAAAAACCAAAGGGAAGAAAAGCUUUCAAACAUGUAGCACAGGGAACAACCUUGCACUGAGUAGGAGAUUAUGUGGUUUCCUCCUAAUCUUUCAAUCUCUAUUUUGUGUCCAAUAACAGUUACUGUGUAAGGAAUAUAUUUAUGGCAAGGUUUUAGAGGCCAAAUUUCACUUCAUCUGGUUUUGUUUGAGUGCCAGCCAGUUUACUGUGAAGUCAGUGUCCAUAAAGUGUAAUGAAGGACCCCAUGGUGUAACUGCAUUCAUAUGCGGUUAGGGUUAUAGUUCCCAUUAGUAGUUUAAGCCAGAUUGUGAUCUCACUUAUUCCAGUGCAAAUCUAGAAUAAUUCCAUGUUGCUACUCCUGAUUUACAUCAGUGACUUUCAGAUCAGUCUUGCCCUGUAUAAAUAAGACUUAAUAUUGUUUGGUACCAUUGCUGCCAAAUAUUCUCCUCUUCGCUUACUAACAGAUACUGUGUUUUAUUAACACGGUAUGUUAGAAACUUCGGAGUUCUUCUGGAAAAAGACAGGAUCAGCUGUGUAAUGCUUCCCCAUCUUAUGUUGGUACAUCGCUUCAGCACUGCCUACUCCAAGGGCCUGUUUUUUUCAGUACGCUGCACGUAGGUCAGAAUGAAGCAGUACCAGACCUAACAGUUUGGUUAACUGUUAGGUUUCACCUAACAGUGAAACCUAAUGGUUUCACUGACUUUUGGUUGAUGUAAGUCAUCUUGAGAAAGUGUGGAAAAUUAGCCCCUGAUAAAAAGCUGCCAAAUCUUCAAAUGUUAUCCAGUCAUGCAUUAGACCUGCAUCCUUAGAGCGCUCGGAAGCGAUUGAACUUCAUUCUGCUUAUACCAUGAGGCUCAUGCAAGCAUUAAGACUGCAGGGAGAGGGAGCUUUCCUGUAUCUCAUGAAGCUCUAUUCUUUGGUGAAAAAAGUAAAGGAAAAAGAAAACUCUUAUCCAGCUUCUUUGUAGGCAUAUCUCAGCCACAACAUAUGUUGAUGAGAAAUAUCUAAAUAAGUGCCUUCUGUGCAUAGAAAGGCAAGAGAAUCAGUUAUGAAGAGUGCCAGAGCUGAUUUGAAAUUAAAAAAAAACCGAAGAGGAUAGGUUUUUAAUCAGCUUUCCUUCUGAUACCAUCCUCACCUCCUCCAGUUGCAGGAGAAGCACAGUUUGGUACUAGCAUGUAAAGACAGGGGUUUUCUUCUUGCAUACCAGAAACCCCACUGCAGGGAAGUGUGUGCUAUUCUGUCUUGCUCCUUUGCAGGUUGGCACAAAAAUUGAGUGAAAGCAAAUUGCUUUUUACACUGACGAUUAAAGUGUCUUGUGAAGUAAGACCUGUUUACAUACACAACUGUCCAAAAUCACAUUCUGUUGCAAGCUAUGCCUGUGUCAGCAUCAGAGCAAAAUAGCACAGAUGUCAACAGAACCAGAACCUGAUUCCCUAUGUGUAAAAUAUGCUUUUGUGCAAAGCCCCUUGUGGAGUCAGAAGGAUGUCUUUUAUGUGUUUCACAUUGAACUGAGUGUCUCAUCUAAGUCAGAUUACGUAAACCAUUGGGCUUAUCCAAGAAUUUUGGAGAUUUUAUUUCUUUAUAUGAAAAUAUUCAUAUUAACACUGAGUGAACCAAGGCAGCACAGGCAGAAGGAAGCCUAAUGAGACAAAUUAAAAGAAGCAUCCUUUAAUCAGGUCAUGCUGGAAGCUUUUUCCCUAUGUCUAGAAGUCUGAACAUUUAAAUUGGUGCAGGUGAAAGGAAAUCCUGCUGUAGGAAAGGCACUCCACUAGAGCAGGGGGUUCUUGAAGAAAUGCAGGGACUUGAGAAAUUCAUGAAGAUAGUCCUUCAGUCUCACUCACAGUGCAAUGCUGAGAUCUUACAGCAGGGAUCUGUGUGUUUAUUAUGGCUAGAGAUACUUUGAGGAAAAAAAGAGUGUUUUUCACUAAUUUCUUAGAUGUAGUCUGUGAGUCCCUACAGACUACUGCUUGAAAACUGAGCUAGGGCAGCUUUUGUGGUACGAUCAGAGGAGUCUGCAUUAGGAGCACUCUCUAGAGAGCAAGAACGCGCCAUUCUGUUGUGCAAAAAUGAACACUCUGCCUGUCAUUUCUUGUUCAGAGUCCUGUGAACUCUGAAACAAGACAGAUCAUACUGCUAGGAGUCCUGAUAUACUGAUUUCUUACUUCCUUUGAAAGGAACAUUAGCAGAAUUAACCAUUACGGAGUUAUUCUAGAUUGGAUGGUAGGAAAUGGUGCUACUACAAACUCUUGAAUGUCCAUCUCAGCUCUGGAACCAGAAGAGAGAAGAGUGGUGGUUUCAGUGUGUUUCCUGUUGUAUAAAAAGCUGGAAGGGCACUUCAGAAUUUACUUAGUCCAUUUCUAAGACAAGUUCUGUCUAACUUUCUAAUUUAAACCACAAGCCAUCUAUUUUCUAUAACUGAUUUUUGUUCAGAGUUUGAUGAUGUUCUAGCCUUUCACUGCAGUGUAAUUUUCUACACAGUUACUUUCUACUGAGGGAGUAUUACAGGAUUAUUGACAUCAAAUGGAGCCACCAGCAAAUGCAUUUUCUUUUCUUGUUUUCCCAACUAGAUUCCAAUCAUUAAACAUUUAUUGUUCAUAAGUACUUGUCAUAUUACUUUGGUGAAGAAAUGAUUUGUUAUUUGUACCCAUAUGGUAUAGUAUUUGGUCUCUGAAUGGAUGACUACACGUUUUAAAUGUUGCAUUUGAGAACCACUAUUGUUCGUACCUGACAGCACAACAGAUUGUGUUUAAGAAAAAAGAAGUAUAUCUGGAUCAUUUAGAUUAUUAAAGAAGC